UGGUAAAUGUGCAAAGAUUGACUAUUGCAACUAAAAAAGAACGGAGAAAGUACUUUUCUUCUAAUUUGAUUAUUAAUCUUUAAAACCCAUUUAAGUGAUGGCGGACAAUUGAAAGACCCCGGAAGAUCCUACCCACACCCAACAAUGGCUUCUGCCGCCGAAAUCAUCGGCACCAAUAUAGAAACUUCUGCUCUGUUCUUAUUAACAGUUCUACUCCUUUAUACCCUGUGGCGGCUUUAUUUCGGAAAUCCAUUCAAGCCAGCUAGCCCGUUACCGCCGGGACCGUUCGGUUUUCCGGUAGUCGGAUACCUGCCGUUUCUCCGCCCGGAUCUUCACCACCAGUUCACGGAUCUCGCCGGAAAGUACGGACCCAUCUUCAAGCUCCAACUAGGAAGCCGGCUGUGCAUGGUGGUGAGCUCGCCGUCCCUCGUGAAAGAGAUCGUUCGCGAUCAAGAUGCAAUUUUCGGUAACCGCCACCCGACGGCGGCGGCACUGAUAGCCACGUACGGCGGCCGUGACAUCGCCUUUGCGCCCCUCGGCAAUUACUGGCGCGAAGCCCGGAAGAUUUUCGUCCGGGAGAUGCUGAGCAGCAAGAACAUCAGAGCCUGCCAUGAUCACCGGCGAGAAGAGGUCAGAAAAGCGAUCAGAAGUCUGAGGUCAAAAUCCGGUCAAGCUGUGAACAUCCGGGAAUUGGCUUCUUUGACUGAAAUGAAUGUAGUGACGAGAAUGAUUAUGGGGAGUACCUUAGGAUCUGAUGAAGAAAAGCGUGAGAAAGUUGGGGAAAUGUUCAGGGAGGUGAUGGGUAAAUUUGUGGCCACACUUGGGGAGCCUAAUAUAUCUGAUUUUUUUCCAUGGCUGGAAAGGUUUGAUCUGCAGGGAAUUCAGGGAAAGAUGGGUAAUUUAGUUAAGGUUGUAGGAGAUAUUCUUGAGCCCAUCAUUGAAGAAGGGGAAAAAAUGGUUUCUGAGAAGUCUCAGAGAGAUGGGAGGAAGGCUGGGGAUGAGAAGGAUUUUAUGCAGAUUCUCUUAGAGCUGAAGGCUGGUGAAGCUGGCAAAUUUUUGGAUUUUGGUGCAAUCAAAGCCAUCUUGGAGGAUAUAGUGAUAGGGGGAACAGACACAACAGCGACGACAGUGGAGUGGGUCAUGGCAGUGCUUCUUGACGAUCUAGAGGUCAUGAAACAGGUCCAAAAUGAGUUGGAGCAGAUAGUUGGAAUGAACUCUACUGUGGAAGAACUCCAUUUACCUAAGCUUACCUAUUUGGAUGCUGUUGUGAAGGAAACUUUGCGUCUACAUCCUCCACUCCCACUCCUCGUCCCCAGGUGUCCAACAGCAACUUCACAAGUGGGCGGUUACACAAUCCCAAAAGGCACUAGGGUCUUUCUGAAUACACAUGCCUUACACAGAGAUCCUCAGCUUUGGGACAAUCCGUUGAAGUUCAUGCCUGAAAGGUUCCUCGAUCCGGGUUUGGUUUCGGGAUUGGAUUACACCGGGAAUGAUUUUCGGUUUCUUCCGUUUGGGUCGGGAAGGAGAAUCUGUGCUGGGAUUCCCCUGGCUGAGAAAAUGCUAAUGUACAUUUUGGCCUCGUUGUUGCAUUCCUUCGACUGGCGGCUUUCUGAAGGGGAAAAGCUGGAUUUGUCAGAUGGGUUCGGAAUAGUCGCUAGGAAGAAGACUCCUUUGAUUGCUGUCCCAACUCCAAGGUCAUCCAACUCUGAGCUUUAUCAUUAAAGCUCGGAGAAUCAUCAUAACUUAAUGAAAUAACAUGUACUUUGAAGUUAAACUAUGUUUAUGUAUAUAAGCCGCACGCAGACCUCAAAUU